CUUCCUUCCAUCAUGGCUGCCUCGCUCGAGCAUCGACGGCUGAAGAUACUGGCUGGCACUUUGCCUGAAAACCUCUAUCGGUUGAACGUCCUGACUGAAUCGCGCGUCUGCGCGGACCAGGUUGACAUAGUCUUCCCCUCCUCUCCCAACCUUCUCGCAGCGUUCUCUAACCUUAAGACGCGAUAUGCAAAGGGGAAGACGAAGCUCUCUGAACUCUUCGCGCGGUCGAGUGCGUUCGUGAAGGCGGGGAGCUUGAGCAGUGACAUGAUCUGGCUGGGCACCUCCAGCGGCGCCUGCGACGACACCUGGUGCAUCGACGCAUACGGCCAGCUCACCCUCUUCGUGUCGGACCGCAUGUAUCAGCAGAUGGGUAUCCCGGGGGCGAAGCUCAAGUUUCCUUCCAUCCAUUCGGAUGCGUAUGUCGUGACGGUAGCUCUGCAUAAGAUAUUCACGCAGCCUGCUCUGCUCGCAAGGGUAAAAGCAGGGCUGAAGGUCCUGGACACGAAGCGCGAGGAAGAAGGAUUGGGGGAAUGGGAUUGCGUUUGUGCCACUGUUGACCCAUCCGCUGCACUAUCGCCUCUUUUUGAGGAGUUAGCCAUGCAUGCGGACGUUCAAGAGAUCACCCCAGAGACCAAACAGCUUCACAACUGUCAUGUGCCCACCGCGCAACUUUCUCCCUUCCCGAGCGAAAAGACCGACGAGGACGAGAGGGAAGACUGGCACCUUAGGAUGAACAGUUUGUUCGGGUGGGUUGGCUUAGCAGCUUUGAACUCUCAAAGGCUAUCCCACAAUGAUCGACCAGAUCCAUAUAUUGCGAUCUACGAGCCUCCAGAGGCAUCAUCGGUUGGCAACGCUACCCAUCUGCGCUGGCGAGGAUUGCUGUCGCCGGCCUUCCUAAAGUCCAUUCUGGACGUUGUCUUAAGAACAUGGCUUAUAUCCGACGACACGGCGAAUUUCAUAGCGAUAACGGUGCAACCUUGUCUCCAGGCGCCCAUAGGCCGGCUUGCUAAACAGCCCUACUCGAUGCCUUCAAACGCUCUCCGGGUGCCUCGCUCGGAUGGUGAGGAUACAUGGUCUCUUAUUCUUUCAAAGGCAGGAGAAACGAUUAAGGAGCAUGAGUGUGAGUGGGUUUUGGUAGAGUGCCUUGGGCAGGGCGACGCGAGAUGGGGUUAAGAGAACGUUUUUGAGAGUACUUUACUACAUACGAAUGUCGAUUUCAGUCACCCGCAAUCACUUUCCUUGAAGUUUU